ACCAUCCUUCCGGGUAUCCAGAGCAUUCAACUACAGCUACUACUACAUUAAGCCUCCUCACAUUUACACGACUCUCCAAACAAAAAAACCCACCUUCACCUUCUACCAACCAUGAAGUUUGCUCUCGUCGCUGCCGUCUCCGCCCUCUCCACCGUGGUCUCCGGUUUGGCACUGCCAAACCUGGUUCUCCGCGCUCCCCAAAUCUUCCGCCCGGCAGUCGGCCUCGUGGUCAAGGAAGACAAUCCAAACACAGCCUUCCCUCCCACCAACACAGUGGAGGUCUCCCGCAAAAACGGCCAGCACAACGUCAAGACCCUUCUCGGGUUCUCUCUCCCCCCCCUCCCCGGCAAGGUGUGCACCAUCAGCUUCUCCAACGGCUUCACCCCCUCCGGCAGUCGCAGGAUGCAACUGUUCACUACCAUUGGGUAUCCUAGCAACGGGAAUACCUGGAAUUCCAAGCCAUCCACCAAUGUUCAUAAGGGUACCUUCCUGGCUUCGGUUAACGGUGCCGGCCCGGCAACUGUGGUGGAAGAUUUUGGCUUGACGUUCGACUGCCCGUCAUCUGCUACCAACCUCGGUUAUGAGGUACAGCCGGUUUGGGAUGAUGAUUUUAUCACUUGGGAUAUCACCACGGGAGGGUUUGUCAUUUCUGCCGAAUAAGGGCAUCAUCAAUUGAAAGGGGGGAGGGACAUGAGGGACUAAAGAGUUGGGAUUCUGUUCGAUCAUGUUUUCAUUUUUUUUUUUUUUUUCCUUUCGGGGGAAGGGGGGGUUUUGUCUGGUUUAGCCACGGCCCUCAGCUUCAACAUCUUCUUUACACUCCUUCAAGAACUUUAUGGCAUUACGGUAGACGCAUGUGCUCGGAGGACUUAUUUAAUGAGUUUUAAUGGAAUUUCUAUCCACUCGCAG